UUAAAGUAUAAAAUCUUUCUGCGACACUCUGGCCUUCAUCAGUUUGCAAAUUUUAAGUCGAGAGUUAACAGUUAACAGUUUGAUAUCUACUCGAGCAGCAAAAUGAAAUCUCUAGUGAUUUUGGCCGUACUGUUUGUCGGCCUCAAUAUUGUACAAGCUGACCGACCGAAAACGAAGCAGGUGUUGUCGUCAUUGAACAACUUGCGACCGCGAUAUCGUGAAAUUCAAGACUUCGUCAUCAACACGUUAGCCGAUGCUCGAUUGAACAGCUCUUCCAAAAUCAACGUCUUUCACCAAGAUGUGCUAAUGGUUAAGGAAACCUUCGUAGUGCAGGGAAUCCUCAAAGAAGACGCCCUCCUGUUCCAGAUCAACAAUCAGCCGAAAUCCGUUGAUUCCAUCUGUCUUUCGUUCGUCCAAACUUUGGUGGAUAGCUUCAUCAACUUGGCCGGUACAUCUUACUCCAAUUGCAUAACCGAUGUCGGAGAACAGCUCAAUGGCCAGGUCAUUAAAUUCUACGGCGAACUUCAGCAAGAUGAAACUGAAUACUUGGGCAUUGGUUUGUUGGAUGUAUUCAAGGGUGAAAACAUCUACAACGAUCCGGACCGGAUUCAGGCGAAACUGGCAGAUAAAACCUAUAACCUGGAGCAGUACCCGGAACAUAUGAAGUGGGAAAUGUACGAUCUGGUCCAUGCUUUCGGCAAAAAUUUGGACUCUCUAUCGUACAAGUACAUCGACUGUAUGACCGAUGGCGAGCAGCUGCUCAACAAUGGUUUCUCGCUGGCCUACACCCACAUGGAUACGACCUGUAAAGCUGUUGCCAUUCCUCCUCCAUCCGCUGAUGUGGAAUCUACUGGGCCAGAAUACGAAGCUGCAGCAAGUUUACCGAUGAGACAGCGCAAGACGCCCCAGCAGAUUCUGCAGCAUAUUCAUCAGAAACUUGGACUGUAAAAAGGGAGAAAGAUGAAACAAUGAAAACACAAUGAUUGAUUAUUAUAAUGAAUGAAUUUUCUAAUAAACAGCAACGAUGCUUUCGAUAUUGUGCUACAAA